GUGCGAGCGAGCGAGACCGUUAACAAAGGCCGCCGUCUUGCCACCGUGAGUGAGCACAAAGUCGUCCUGAGCGUAGCGAAACUUCUCCAGCCCGCACGCCAUGAACACGUCGUCGUCUCCGAAGAAGUCCUGUAGACAGGCUGUUACCAGGCAACGCCUCUCCCGUGCACCCGCCCGAAACCGUCCAAUCGUCCGCCCAGGUCCCGCCAUGCCACGGCCACGUCCGGUUGAUGAAGCAACCGUCAUCGAUAUCACGUCAACGGCGAGGGCACCGUGCGUGUGCGCGCUCCCGUUUACGCGCUGUGUCACGUGAGCGAGCCUCUAGAGGGCACUAAUAAGUCAAUUUAACCCCUUGUACGACUGUGUAGUACUUUUAACAGGAAGGCUACCAAAAGUGCUUUACAUCGUUAAAAUACAGGCGUACAUGUAUAAAGUACAGAAUCACAAUAUUUUAUUGGCAGUACAAAAACAAAAAACAAUCCAAGUAAAUCAAAUCUUGGUUGCGCUUUUCCUAAUAUUGAAAGAUGCUGAUAAUAAAAUAAAAAUCGAAACUGGAAUGCCUGCCUCAACAUAUGUCAAUGUGUAAAUAUGAAUGUAAUGGAGACACAAUUAACAUGCAACUUUUGUGAUUUUAUUAACUAACGUGUGACAAGUGCAGCUUUUAAUGUUAAGUGUAGGUCCCGUAUAAUAUUUAAGAGUACAGAGUUGACUUUGAAAUGCUUAUUUCAUGGAAAGCUUUGUCUUGAGACUAAAGGGAGGUAUGUUCACGAUUGGCCUUGGUUGCCAUGGUGAAAGUUGCCGCAUGGAAGCGUGAGUUGCCAUGGCAACACAGAAAACAGCUCAUCGGUGACGUAGUAGGAACUCCAACGUCCCGCGGAAAUUCGGGGAGAACGUCAAAGCAGACGCGUGCUUUACGUCGUUGUCGCCAGCCCAAGCGGAGGAUGGAAGCGGCGGGCAGCUCUCUACCGGAAGUGACGUCGAGGGUCAGGAGGCAGAAAAGCAGGAAGUCUGUCCAAACCUCAGAAAAAUCAGCACAGAGUCUCUCCAAGGACGAUAUUGCAAAGUUCAUUAACAGUCGGAAGCAGAACAUCUGCGUGGGCCUGCUCCAACAUGGCUUCCACAGGUCGUUUUCGGAGCUCUUCCUGCUGCUGCGCUUGGAUCGGGAGCGGCGGGAGGCGGCCGAGAUCAACUCGGCUCUCAGCCUUCAGACGCCUCUGGAGGAGCAGCACGCCAAAGUCGAGAGCGUCGGUCUGCACCUGAGCCGCGCCGAGCGGGCCCAACGGGACGGUCGUUGGCCGGCGGCGUACGAGCAGCGUCUGCAUUUGGGCGCCUACUUCACGGCCGAGCGGGAGGACCUGUGGCUCAGCUUGCACUUCUACCACACGUGCACGCACGCGCGGGAAGACGGCUGCAUGAGGCACGCCACCGAGGGCCGCGCAUGCUUGGCCGAGCUCUACCUGCAGCAAGGCCAGCUGGAAAAAGCGAGGCAGCAGGCCGAGCUGUGCGUGCAGAUGGCCGACGAAGGCGGCUGGCUGGACUCGUCCGGUCGCUCGCUGCCGCGCCGAGCCCGCGAGAGCAUGUGGUCCAUCUGCAGCCGGCAGGCGGACGCUCGCAUCAAGGCCGGCGAUCCCGAUGAGGCGCUCCAGCUGCUCCACCGCGGCUACGCCACCGCCACCGAGUCUGAAAACAAAAACAUUGAAGGCGAGGCCGCCUAUCAGCUGGGACUCGCGUACUACAGCGUCGGCGACUAUGACACGUCCGAACAGUACCUCAACACCUCCAUGCACAUCUGCAGCACCACGGAGGAUUUCGACGGCCUGGGGAAGGCCUACAAGGCCGUGGCCAAGUUAUGCGAAAGCAAGGGAAACCUCAACAGCACCAUUCAGCUUUUGGAGUCGUUAGUUGACAUCUCUCGUAGCAACGGCCUACAUCACCACCUCGUGGACGCGUGCCUAUGUCUGGGCAACGUCUACACCAACAGGAGGCAGUACGAUCGAGCUCGCGAGAGUUUGCUCCAGGGUUACAGCGUGGCGUGUGACAUUGGAGACGUGACUCUGGUGCAGAAGGCUCAGGUACGUCGGCAAUAUUCUCUUCAUUGGUUCCGAACGUGCUUCACGCGCACGUUAGCUACUUUUGGCGCCCGCGUGUCCGUCAGGUGUCGCUGGCCAGCGCUCACACUCGUUGCAUUGUGGGGAAGUACAGCGCCGACGUGGAGUCCCCCGCGCCUGCCGCCCUCUCACGGCUGCUGGACUGGAAGGUGUCGAGAGGACUCCGUGACCACAGUGACAACGCUGGCGUGUGCGACUAUUAGACACGCGGCAUGUACUGUAAUCACACCAUCAGCAAAGAAAUACUGCAAAAGUCACUGUUGUACUUAAUAAACGACUUGAUUUUAAGCAGUUAAUGCAGUUAAACAUUAAGCAUUUAAAUGUCUGGAAAGAAUAAAACUGAAAGUUGGUGGA